GUGCAUCGUCGACGCCUACUCUGAACAGUAAAGAACUAAACCCCUGUAUUUAAAACAGCUUCAACUUUAAAGUAGUCGAAGCAAAACCACCCCGCUCACGGAAAAGCUAUCAGCGGCGUAACCUAAGAACCUCUUCACGCGCGGCGGCGCUGCAAAAACCCUAACCCUAGCACUGCCAGCGAAAUGGCUAAGCCAGAGAGUGCCAACGAGCGAAGCUCCGCGACGGACAUUCGUAGCAACGGCUUCCACGACGAUGCAACCGCCGCGAUGAGUAUAGAGGAGUGUGAGACUAUGGAAGAAGCGACGACGGAGAGCUCGAACCUUGCUGACGACUCCGCGUGCGAGCCCGUUGAUUCCACCAUCGGUGGCGACAAGACCAGCGCCGACUACUAUUUCGAUUCCUACUCCCACUUCGGUAUUCAUGAAGAAAUGCUGAAGGAUGUAGUGAGAACUAAGACAUAUCAAAAUGUUAUCUAUAAGAAUAAGUUUCUAUUCAAGAACAAAGUUGUCCUUGAUGUGGGAGCUGGGACUGGAAUUCUGUCCCUUUUUUGUGCAAAAGCUGGAGCAAAACAUGUUUAUGCGGUUGAGUGCUCACAUAUCGCUGACAUGGCAAAAGAAAUUGUUGAUGCAAAUGGGUUUUCAAAUGUGAUUACAGUUUUGAAAGGAAAAGUAGAAGAACUUGUGCUUCCAGUUGCUCAAGUGGAUAUUAUUAUUUCAGAGUGGAUGGGCUAUUUUCUGUUAUAUGAGAAUAUGUUGAAUACUGUCCUGUAUGCUCGUGAUAAGUGGCUGGUUGAUGAUGGAAUUGUGCUACCAGACAAGGCUUCUCUCUAUUUGACAGCCAUUGAGGAUGCUGAAUACAAAGAUGAUAAGAUCGAAUUUUGGAAUGAUGUUUAUGGCUUUGACAUGAGUUGCAUCAAGAAACAAUCCAUGAUGGAACCUCUUGUUGACACUUUUGACCAGAAUCAGAUCGUAACAAAUUGCCAAUUACUGAAGACAAUGGACAUCUCCAAGAUGGCCCCAGGGGAUGCUUCGUUCACCGCUCCGUUUAAGCUUGUGGCAGAGCGUGAUGAUUACAUCCAUGCUGUGAUAGCAUAUUUUGAUGUGUCGUUUACAAAAUGUCACAAGAUCACAGGCUUCUCUACAGGGCCAAAGUCAAGGGCGACUCAUUGGAAGCAGACGGUGCUGUACCUGGAAGAUGUGCUGACCAUAUGUGAAGGGGAGGCAGUGGUUGGGAGCAUGAGUGUGGCGCCCAACAAGAAGAAUCCCAGAGAUGUGGAUAUAACGCUCAAAUAUUCAUUGAUUGGUAAGCGUUGCCAGGUCUCCAGAACUCAAUAUUAUAGGAUGCGCUAACCCUUCUCAAUAUGUUCUGCCUUCUUCAGACCCUUUGUUUCUUUCUACACUGGUUUUUGUUUUUAUUUUUUUGUUUUAUUUUAAAAGAAUGAAAUGGACAGACUUCUGCUCUUUUUUUUUUUUUUUUUAAUUGUGUUUUUCCCAAAAGGAAAAUGUAAAAAUUACUAUAAUUUGUUUAUGUACUUUUAUCUAAUGCAGUGUUUUAUUUUAACUA